AUGAAUGGCGAUACGUUUUACGAAUGCUUACAAAAUAAAAAACAUCACGACACAUACGUUAUCGAUGAGUACGCAAAACAUAACGGCAAACUCGUAUUGCGAUUACCUCCAUAUCACUGCGAGCUAAAUCCUAUCGAGCUCGCGUGGUCGUCCGUGAAAAGUUAUGUCCGGACGCAUAACAACACCUUCAAAUUAAAGGACGUAAUGGAAUUGUUAAAAAAAGGCGUGGAACACGUAAGUCCGGAUAUGUGGAAAAAUUUUAUUGAACAUGUUAAAAAGGUGGAAGACAAGUUUUGGGACUUGGAACAUAUUACCGACAAAUUAAUGGACGAGCUACCCGAAGACGAUGAACGUCAUGUUCUCACGAUAGGAACAGGAGAUACAAGUUCUUCUGAUUGUGACUCUGAUUGA